AUGAAUCCGAACGACAUGAAUAGCUUCGACCAGGUCCGAAGACCGCGGCCCAAGUCGACCAUUUUCGAGGGCUUUAGACAUCGUCGUCAAGCUUCUACCGACACCCAUUCCUUCCAAAAUCCCUUUGAUGCCCCCGUUUCUCCCAUCCACCCCAAAAUCAUGGCGUUUGAGAACUACUCCAACCCAAGUGCGCUGGCGGAGUUGCAGUACAACCAACAAGGGUCUGUACCCCGUCUUCCACAGCAACAGGAACGAGGUCGAUCGCAGUCACCAACGAAGAGCAGCUUCGGCAACUUUACCAUCAUAACCGCAUCGGGCAAAGAGGCCAAGGGAUCAAAGUCUCGCGAGCCCUCCCCCACGAAACCUAAAAGACCAAAGUCGGCAACAAAUCUCGCCGGCCUGCUCAAGCCCAAGACCCUGCGAAACUUGGGCAGAUUCAACUCAGAGGAUGACGUGAGCUCAUCCAAGGAUAAGGAAAACAGAACACCCGAAGAGCCUGCAGCGGCCCCUGCCCAAACACCUAUAUACUCUCAAUUCGCAUCCAGACCGCUCAUUGAACAAACCCAGAGCAGCCGCCGAAGCAUGGAUGAACACAGGCCCCCGACUGCCAACGAAAGUUAUACUGGUAGUCGAGCUGCUGUCAAGGAGCGGCCAAAGUCUUACCACCCUAUGCUUGGUAGAAUGGAGCCACCACCAUCACCUACCAAGCCGCGCACUUCCAACGAUUCCCGAAAAGGAUCAAAGGACUCUACCGAGACUCAAAGUAGGAGUGGUCGAGGUAAGGUCUUGAGCGUCUUUACUACGUUCAGUCACAAGCGAUCUAAGUCGACGUCAACCGUGCCAGAGCCAACAACACCAGCGCUCGACCCCAAGGACAUCGACAAGCAUUUGGAAGCCAUGCUGGAUCGGCGAAACAUCCCCGAGAAUCAGAGAUACAAGAUGAGAAAUUUGAGCAACACAAUCAAGAUGGAGUUUAUCCGCCAGGACUGGGCCGAGUCACAUGGUUCUAGAUCAGACAGGCCGUGUUCGACUGACAGCGCCAACAGCGGCCUGAUCCUCGAGACAGGCUCACAAAACGAAGAAAAGCAGAAGCGAUCAAGAGGUAAAAGCUUCAAUCUGUCACGGGGAAGAAAAGAGGCCAAGGAGCCCGGUUCUCCGAUCAAGAAAUCAAAAGGAGAAGGGACUCUUGGCCGCCAUUUCAGGAGCAAAUCCACAGACAGUGUUGUCAGUGAAGCUCCAUCCACUAGCUCCAUGUCCAACUCCGGCCUCCUUUCCAAGAUCAAACUCAGCCAGGGGCCUGGUGACUACGUCGCGUACCUUAGAAAGGUUCAGAAGCCACAGCUCGUUGAGGUUGGCAAGGUUCACAAGCUUCGCUUGCUUCUGAGGAACGAAACUGUGGCAUGGAUCGAGGAUUUUAUCCAACAGGGGGGCAUGAAGGAGAUUGUAGAUCUUCUCAACCGCAUUAUGGAGGUCGAGUGGCGGGAGGAACAUGAAGAUGCGUUACUUCACGAGGUUCUCCUCUGCCUCAAGGCACUGUCAACGACAGCUCGUGCCAUGCAAUACCUCGACUCAAUCCAGGCCGAUCUCUUCCCAAAACUCCUUCACAUGCUUUUUGAUCCGGAAAAGAAGGGUCCUAGCGAAUUCACCACUCGCAACAUCAUAACUUCGGUCUUGUUCACGUAUAUUGAGUCCGCUAGUUCGGCUGAACGUUUCGCACGUGCGCAGAGCAUCCUCGCUCAUCUUAGAGAUCCUGAGCCCAAGGAAGACCAGCGUCCUUUGCCAUUCGUUCUAGAGAUGAGGCAAGAAAGGCCAUACCGCGUUUGGAAUAAGGAGGUCGUCAGUGUCACUAAAGAGGUGUUCUGGAUCUUCCUUCACAACGUCAACGUCGUAUCCCUUCCCUCGGACCGCCCCUCCAGCGCUAAUCUCGCCAAUGGUCCCUACAGCUACAUGCUUCGGCAUUUCCCUCAGGAGCGUCCACCAGUCCCGGCAGCACCGUAUGUGGGCGGAGUUGAAUGGGACGCGACCAACUACCUUGCUUCUCACCUUGAUCUCAUGAACGCCAUUCUGGCCUGUACACCUACAGUCGAGGAGCGCAAUAACCUUCGCGCGCAGUUCCGUAUUUCCGGAUGGGAGCGUUGUCUAGGCGGUAGCAUGCGCUUGUGUAAAGAGAAGUUUUAUGGAAGUGUCCACGAUGGUCUUCGGACCUGGGUCGGGGCGGCAGUUGAAGAUGGCUGGGAUGUCAAGGACGUGCGAUACGGCCCGCCCCCUGACGCUCGGACUUCACCAAAGAAAGCCGGAGGUGGUCAGAAGAAACCAGUCGAAGCAGCGCCAAAGAUUGAGAUGCCAAAGCUUGAUUUCAGGCUUGAUAAAGCCUCCACCCCGAGUAAAGAUAAGGAUGUGUGGCUAUCAUGA